AACGGAGAUGAGCAGCGCCCCCUAGAGUCGGGAACGACUAGCACAUACGUGCAAGGGGAAUUUUUGCCUUUAAAACUCCCCAUCUUCCUCUAUUGGCCAAAGUCAGCCAGCUGGCAUAGCUGGCUGAGGAAUUCUGGGAGUUCUACUUCCAUAAGUAUUAAAGUCGACUCCUGCUUUAGAAGACCUCAUCAAACCUUCUCAAGCCAGCAGAUACUUGUGGACACCAUGUCCUCCACCAUGGCAAAAUACCAGCCCCGAAUUGUGACGUUCUGGGUCAAAAUGUCCCUACAAUGGAGAUUUAUUUCGCUGAUUUCCCAGCUGCGCUAAAUGAAGUAAAAAGAAUUAUAUUUGCAGCUUAGGGACACAUUUGUAAUCUUCCUGUUAAGAUUUCGAUAUUCAACCCCAAAGGGCUGAUUCCAUAAAGAUAUUUGUGUGUGUGUGUGUUGAGAAGGGGAUCGUGGUUUGAUGGUGGACCCGCCAGAUAAGAAGGCCAGCCUUUCCCCCAUCCUUGGCCAGCUAACAAGCGCCGAUGUUGGUUUCCUCCCUCCAGUUCCGAAACUUCAAGAUCAUCUACCGACGUUACGCGGGGCUCUACUUCUGUAUCUGCGUGGACGUGAACGAUAACAAUCUAGCUUACCUCGAGGCCAUUCACAACUUUGUGGAGGUUUUGAACGAGUACUUCCACAACGUCUGUGAGCUGGACUUGGUCUUCAACUUCUACAAGGU